AUGAAGUCGUUUAACAAUUUUCGUAUAAUCGGGAACUUGACUCGGAACACUGUGAUUAUUGUGAAUAUAAAGGACCCACCACUCGAUGCUGGAGUAUCUCAUUUUUUACCUCGUCUUUUAAAAGAUUUAAAUGAACUUCACAUAGUUUUCAUAACGGAACUUGAUCCCUCCACCUGGCAGAGAGGGCUCUUCAUUUACUGCUUUGAAGAAGGCUUUGUCAACGCCUUAAUUAUUUAUAAUCAGAAUGGAACUACAACUCUUCAUAGCUACAAUCCAUAUCCGGAAAUUCAAGAGCUGAAAGUAUCUCACAUCGAAGAGUUCGUUAACCGGCAGCAACUACUCCGAAAUUUUCAUCAUUUCCAAAUACGAACAGUAUCCCUUAGAGUUGAACCACGUAUGCUCUACUAUACCAAUCGGAAAGGACAACACAUGCAUGCUGGCUAUAUGCAUGCCGUUAUGUUGGAGUUCAUCAAACGUUACAAUGGCACAUUGAACAUCUUGAGAUUUAAAGACCAUUUGAGUAUUGGGCACAUUGCUGAGGAGAUGCUUGCAACCAAGAAAAUUGACUUCAUUUGUCAUCCAAAGGAGCCCAAGUGGAAUAUUUCGGGCACUGUUCCACUCUAUAUCCUUAAGGACUACAUUCUAGUGCCUCAUGCUCAACCCAUUGCCAGCUAUUGGUACUUUGCCCAGCCAUUCACCAGAAAAACGUGGCUGGCUGUAAUCGCUAUUGUGGCUUAUGGAAUAAUAAUGUUCUACGUCAGCUCAGGAUUUGAGAGAUCGGAAUUUGGAGUUCACCUGCUAAGCAGUUGGUGUCACCUGUUAUUCCUUCCUCAACCACGAGUUUUUAUCAUUAAUUGGCAACAGUCUGUAAUACAUUUCAUUCUGAUUCUGGGUGGAUUCGUGCUAACAAACAUGUAUAUAUCGGUGUUGAAAAGUAUGCUUACAUCGGGACUAUUCGAACCUCAAGCCAACACUCUGGAAGACUUAAUACAUGCUCCAUAUCGCUUGAUUACGGAUAAAUACUAUGCUGUAUAUUUCAAGAACGCAACUUCAGUGCCUGAUGAGGUUAUAGACAACGCCUUUGUGGUUCCCACUGAUGAGCUCGACUUCAAUCGUGCUAAUCUGAACACAAGUUUCAUGUACAUUGUUUAUGAAGACCGCAUGGAUGGACUUUUGUAUCAGCAACACUUGUUGAAAGCACCUCGCUUCAAGAGAAUGCCAGAGAGUAUUAUGGACGGACUAAUGUCGAUUCCAGUGGCUUCAUCUUUGCCCUAUCUCAACAUGUUGAAUAUCUAUUUGAGUCGCAUCUUUGAGUAUGGUAUAUUCCAUAAAAUGAAGAAUGAUGCCUAUAUGAGUGCAAUUGAUAGUGGUUUAUACAAACUGAUGAGAAAUGAGGAUGACGGAUUGAUAUCAUAUGAUUUGAAUUUCUAUUUUUUUCCCAUUGUGUUGUGGGGCAUUGGAUUAACAUGCGCUGGAUUGAGUUUCUUGCUGGAGUUGCUCAGGUGGCGCAUGGCCUAA